UCUCUUCUUCAGAUCCAGAAGGAGACAAAACAAUCCAUCCUGCAAUCCAGGACAGAAGUACGUGGCUUGUCCUAACAUGACACCUGUCCCUUACUUUCACCGGUCUCACUGGUAAACAAGGUUAACCAACUGUCACCCGCCAGUCACCAUUCUCUCCUAGUCGGUGCCUCUUCCCGCUCUACAUAAACCCAGCUUAGCAGAAUUGAAAAACCCACAAAAAGAAGAAAAAAGAAACGCUCACUUAGCCAUGAAGGUUCCGUACAACACAAUCUGUAGACUCUGUUAGACCCAUUGUCAAAAGGGUUUCAAAAUCAAAGUUCAGGUUUAGCAUAUAAUCUCUUAUUUUCUCUUAAAAAGGUGCCACCUUUAAAAGCUUCGUGCUUUUCUUGUUCUUUUUGUUGUUUAGCACUUUCUUUGAGAAAUGACUGUUUGGUUUCAUAGAAAAUGUGGGAAAAGAAGCUAAAGUUUUGAACUUUAUGAUGUUUCGUUUUUUAAAAAUGGGGUCUUUUGUUAAGGCUACUAAUGUAACCAUUUUAUUUAGGAGUUUCUUAUGUUUUGUUAUGUAGUUCUUUGGAUGUUCAAAAAAAAUGGUAAUACCGAGGAUUUGCUUCGUUAAUGAGUGAAAGGGGGGAAAGCAAGUUUCCUGAGAUGUGUUUGUUACUUAAAGCAUAAUUUAUUUCUUGCCCGAUUAAAUUCUGAAGCCAGCUGAGGAUUCAAGGUUAACUUUGAUGCUCUGUGUAGUUUCUUUGUAUUCAUAUAUUUUUUAGUAUGAUUAUGCAUUAACAGCGUUCUUGGUGUCUUUCAUGAAUGUGUAUGAUAAUGAGACGGUCUGUUUUUGAAUUGGCUGUUUAAAGUUACUGAGUUGGUUGUAUGCGUGAAGACUUGAACAUUAUAAACUCAUCAUUGUCUGCUUGAACAUUAUAACUCGAUUUGACAUUUGUAGCUGGGGACUUUGGUUAACCUUGCUUGUUACAUGUUUGUUGACAUUCCUAUGCGGUUAAACGGGCACGUCUUUAUGUUCUUUUCUCGGAAAAUAUUUCCAGCAGGGAACCUUUACCUUUCUUUCCAAGGAAAAUAUUGAUCAUUAUGGUGCUAAAAAACUAUUUUACGGCGUCUAAACCUGGUUGCAUGCUAGACUUUAUACACGUUGAGGCAUUGCUAUUUCUGAAACAAGUGGAGCUAAGGGACAUAGGGAACUUAAAAUAGAAACAAUGCCUACAUAAAAUGGUUUAAUAUCCCUUGAUUGAAAUUCAUCCAGGUCUGAGCAGUUUGACUCUAUGCGUGUAUUAGCGCUGGUGUAUAUGCUCUUUGCUAGGUGUGUGAGCAUGAAUUACUGUAUGUUUGUUGCAUCUGAAUUUUCUUUUAAUAUUUGUCUUUUGAAUGUGAGAAUUUAAUCAAGAUUUCUAUUUUACUCUAAAUGCUUCAAGGGAAUAGCAAUGGCUUUACAAGCUUACUUGGACAACUACCUGUUGGCACUGAGCUCCUUGGACUCGAGUCAGGUGACCACAGACUUGGUAAAGUCCUCAAAUUCUGAGAACAUACUACAAAGAGGUCAAAUCCACGCUGCACUAGGUUGUUGCUCAAAUGCAUCAUCUGGAAAAUUUCCAGGAUCUUUAAUCAAGAUUCCAGAUUUGAAUGUCGCCGAAGUAUCCGAGGAUAGGGAAAAAACUAUUUUAAAUAGUAUUACUAACUUAGAAUCGAGUCUUGCAGCAAGUUUUUUAGCUACUGGGUCCAAUUCAGCUGUUCCAAAAGGUCCCCAUUUACAAGGAAGCGCUUCUACUGACACGGAUCAUCUUGAUUUAUCCACAUUCCCCCUCUUGAUGUCACCUAAUUUAAGCAAUUUUGGAUCUUCCACUGCCUGCUACUCGAUAGCAGAGGAAGAUGUCCAUCUAGGCCAAAAUAGGCUACAAAUUCAGAAAAGGAAACGUCAACAAGGAGAUAUACGUACCACAUUUCAGUCUGAAUUGCAAAAGAGUCUAGAUUCACUUCUUGAUGUCAAAAGAGAGGGGCUUUCCUCUUCACGUCAGCAACAUAAGAAAAUCAGAUUAGACAAUCAGAAAAAUGCUAUUCUACAAGAGAAUAUUAUUCAGCAGCUACUGCCAAGCCAGGAUUCAGUGCAACUGCAAGCUUCACGCCCAACUCUACAUGCAUUAGUCCCACAGAAUAAGUUAGGGAAUCAAAAGCAGCAGGAUACUUUGCAGUCAACUCUUCAAUUGCUGGGAGUUAAUAUGAAGCAGCAGCAGCAGCGACAAAUGAGGGACUACCUGCAAAGUCUGGCCUUGCCACGUGUCCAAUCUAUGCUUUCAUUCAAUGCUAAUGUAUGUUCACGCAGGCUAAUGCAAUACAUGUAUCAUCAGCGGCAACGACCUCCUGACAGUGGUAUUUCUUAUUGGAGAAAAUUUGUUGCAGAGUAUUAUGCUCCUUGUGCUAAGAAACGGUGGUGUUUGUCUUCAUGUGAUAGUGCCAGGCUUCAUGCCAUAGGUGUAUUCUCCCAGGGUACAUGGCACUGUGACUUGUGCAGGACCAAAUCUGGCAGGGGAUUUGAGGCAACUUUUGAAGUACUUCCCAGGCUUAAUAAUAUUCAGUUUGAUAGCGGUGUUAUCAAUGAACUUUUGUUUCUUGAAUGCCCUCUUGAGUUCACACUCCCUUCUGGAUUAAUGGUGUUGGAGUAUGGAAAGGUAGUUCAUGAGACUCUCUAUGACCAACUUCAUGUUGUUCGUGAGGGUAAACUUCGUAUCAUCUUCGCACAUAAUUUAAAGAUAAUUUGCUGGGAAUUUUGUUCUCGGGACCAUGAAGAACUAAUUCCUCGAAGUUCAAUUCUACCUAAGGUUAAUGAGUUAGUUCAUGCUUCAAAAAACUAUCAAACCAACAUUGAUGAUAUCGGAUCAUAUAGGACACCACUGUGUGAUUUACAAGAAAAUUGCACGAUGUUAUUAUCAGCUGGGCGUGAGCUUGAAAGAGAUUUAGGCUUGCAACUGGUUGGUGAUUUGGGGUUUUCGAAGAGAUAUGUCCGUUGCUUGCAGAUUGCAGACAUAUUCAGCUGCAUGAAAGACUUAAUGACAUUCAGCUGGGAUAAUCAAAUUGGACCAAUUGAGAGCUUGAAGAAAUAUACCCAGCAAUUUUCAACAACCAAACUCCACAAAGAUGAAUUGCAAGAAAAAGAGCAGCUCGAGGUCCUUCAAGGUUUGCCAACUGAUCCAAAUAAGUUGUCUGCUUCUCAUGCUCUUGGUGGCAACAGCAAUGAUAACUCGAACAUGAGUAAGGGUGCUCUAUUGAAUAUCUCUGAUGUGUCGUGCCACUGUAUAUAUCCAUCAGAAACUUGCAUCAACUCGAAUGUGGGUGAACUGGAGCAGACGUCACUUUUAUACAAAAGGUGUGGAAGAAAUGCAUCUUCCACACCAUCUCAAGUUCCCAAGACUUCGAGUGCAGAAUUCAUCCAGGAGUUUGCGUUUCCCGGUCUCCAUUCCUCGGGGAGUGUUCAGCAUAGACGGGAACAUAAAGUCCAAAAUUUGCUCGAGGAGAUCAUCAUUAGGGCUGAGAAUGAAGCAGUUAACGCUAAGAUAGGUAAUAUUAUAUCUGGCUUGCAAACAGGUGCCAAGGGCAAGACGCUGCUACGGAUGGGAUGACUUUUGGUCACAACAUGUCGCUGCUCGAUCCUUCAGGAAAUGCGUCAAGUAUUAUUAUGGCAAAUGCCUGUGUUCAUGACUCCUAAUACGGAUUCUUCCAAGGUUGGUGACAGUGCUGGUUUCAUCAACUUUUCCACAAAGGCAUUAGUUUCCUGAGAUCCUGAAAAUGCUUCAAAUGGAAAUAGGAUUUUUUUCAUGUCGUGGCAGCAUGAGCUAUGUGAUUGGGAUGGUUGUGACUUGUGAGUGUUUUUUUUUUUUUUUGUACUUUCUGUUCCAUCCUUCUGGGGGGUGAUUCAAUAGAAGAUACGUACGUAUAGGGCCUUGAGAGUUUCUUUCCGCAAGUGCUUUUGAUAGAAGUUGCAAUUUCGUGAGCAAUUAAGUACUUGAUUAGGAAGAUUAGAUGCUGUGAUGUCAACAUGAACUGUUAACUACCCCAAAGUCUAAAC